AUGAAUGCGUCCAAUCCAAAGGGAGAGAAAAACAUGCUGAUAUAUGACAAGUCCAGCAAGGUGGGAUGCAUCUACUUCAUAGGCAUCAGUAGCAACUUCUAUCGGGGCAGAGUGAUUCUUAAAAAAAACUGUAUCAGUGAUAGAAUAGUGAGAUACACCAACUUAAGCGAAAAUUUGUUGUUAAUAAAAAAUGGAAAUUAUAAUUUUAAACAAUCGGCAAUAUUAAUUAAAGGGAUAACCAUCUUUCUCCACAGGCAGCUGGAGGUGUUACUAACUGAUUUCUACGCCAUGUAUAAGAAGUGCUUAUUCAGUAGCAUCAAUCAAUGUAGGCUCCAAACUGGUAUGAUAAAAAAGUGCAGGGCGAACAGAAGAAGGCACAGGGCAAAGAAAAAUGUGCUAUCUUUGCAGGACGAGGAACCAACUUAUGGAGACAACUACAUCGGAGACCACAAUGACGGCACUUUUCGAAGGAAAAAGGCCAACUACCUAAACAAAAACAAAAACAUAGCAGACAUAAACGAUUUAAUGCUGAAAGAAAGCAACGAACUGUAUGAGAAUGACUACCACUUUGAAAAUGAAGGCAUCCUACAUGAUGAAAAUGUGAUAUAUCAAGAUAUGCUAACUAACACCUCUUCCUUCGCUUGCUCCAAAUUUAACAACUUGUACACAAUUAACAAUGGGGUGGGUAAUAUGAACACAAAGGACAGUAGUAGAGAUGCAAACCUACAGAGUAACUUAAACAACACAGCAUUCUUAAAAUAUAAUACGUUAAACAUUAAAAGGCACACAAAUGCAGAAAGAAAUAACUACUCCAAUGAUAGUUUACUCGUGAAUAAAACUCUGAACAAAAAGAACUUCUCCUUCAAUGUCAUGAACAGCAGUCUCCUGUUCAGUGGGAAUAUUCCGCAUGGGAAGGUAUCCAAUAAUUUGGGUAGCACCCACCGUGGGGGCGGUAACAUCCUUCGUAAGGACAAUACCAAGGGAGGGGGAGACCACCCGCGGGAGGACGAAAAGAAGAACAAACGAAUCUUUGCACAAAUCGAUAAGGAUACCAUUCUGAGGGAUAACAUCUGGGAAGAAACCAAGAUGAAUAAGAGGCAAAACUCAGAUAAUCAAUUUAGUACCCAUUUCAAAGGGGGGAGUUACGUUUUUUUUCUUCUAUACAAUGAUGUGAAAAAUGGUCCAAGUGAUAAUUCAAUAUCUUCCUCUUUCCAUUCGUAUGAACAAGCAAAAAAUUUCAUCAACUUUGACACAAGGAAGGAUGUUUACAACCUAUUCGGUAAUGACCUCAUACAAAAUGAGAAAAUCAACAUGCAACCAAACAACUUUAAGUUGCUUCAAACGAAAUCGACAGUGUCCUCCAUAAAUGAGAGGAAAAAUAAACAGAACCACCUAAACUUUGAGCAGUUACGAGCAAACUUUAAUGAAGAAUAUUUUUUAAAAACUGAGUUGCAGCAUAACCAUGGCGGGAAAAGAUACUCCAAUGGCUCUUUCGGUAACAGCUACGACCAAAUGGAUUACAACUUCGACCAAGUGGAUUACAACUUCGACCAAGUGGAUUACAACUUCGACCAAGUGGAUUACAACUUCGACCAAGUGGAUCACAACCUCGACCAAGUGGAUCACAACCUCGACCAAGUGGAUCACAACUUUGACAGGAUGAGUGGCUUCUCCCGGAAAAAUUAUGAACACAGAAAAUCGCAACCAAACGGAGGACAUAAGAACAAAAGUGGGAAAGACUGCAAAGAUGUCUACACCUUCAGUGACACUUUCAAAGAUUCCCUCAGUGUCCCAUCCAGCAAACUAGUGAGUAGGAGAUCCUUCACCUCUUCGGAGUAUAAAUAUAACGAAGAAUUAAUCAAGCUGAAAAAUUAUUUGCACAAAAUAAGUGCAAACUGUUCCAAUGUCUUAGAAUUCGAUCGCAUAUUUCCUGUGAACAGAAUGUCCGACAAGAACAUCUCCAUCAUAUUUUACAACUUUCUCGUACUGGCCUCAAAUGCAGAAGUGGACGUGACUCAGAAUUAUCCUGACAGUAAAAUUCUCAUACAAGUAUGUUGA